UCAUUAAAAGGAAUUGAUGACAUCGUAAAACUUUCAUUAAAAUCUUUCUCCACCUUUUUUUCAUUUCAGAUCAAUGUGGAAGUAAUAUCAAGAUGGUUCAGGGGCUCGAACCGCUUUCAGAAACCAUUUUUCUGUACCGGUCGCAGCCCCAUUUGCCGUCUCGUCAAAUUUUCUUCGAGCAAUCGAGGAAAAUUUUCCAUCCAUCAUCAGCAAAUUGGUGGAGGAGAAAAACGAGAUCGAUCCGGUGGAAAACAGAAGAAAUGCAUCAAAGCCAUGGAGCCACCACCCAACAACAACAAAAAAAUUCCACCAGACCGAGCACAUCGUCGAGGCAAUUCAUUAGCAACAGAACCUCAACCUUCAACAUCAGCAAUGGCAACCGCAGCCGUUUCUUUACCAUCCACUAGUAAUCAACUCGUAUUAUAUUCCGAUCGACCCUCGGCAUCAUUCUCGUCCCGAUCCAUCAGUUCAGGUGCUUCUACCUCCUCUUCAAUGUCAUCUCAACCCACACCUUCAUCAUCAUCUGCUUCUGUUUCAGCCCCCAUUGAAAGGCUGUCACGUCCAAUGGCUUUUGAUAAGAUGGAAGCAAUGGUGAGAGAAGCACAAGAAGCCAAUGGUGGUGUUCCUGUUCGUAGCCAAAAAAUCUUUUUAACUUCCAUUCCAUCGGCUUUCAUGGGCUAUGAUCUUAUUGAAUGGAUGAUGGAACGUUUGAACAUUGAAGAAUCAGAAGCGCUGAGUGUUGCAAAUCAACUUUGUCAACAUGGUUACUUCUUUCCCGUUAGCGACUCGAAAACAUUGAUUGUCAAAGACGAUUCUUCACUUUAUCGCUUUCAGUCGCCUUACUAUUGGCCAUGGCGUCAGCAAAAAGCGCCAGAUCAAAUUGAGUAUGCUAUUUAUUUGGCAAAGCGUUCAUUAAGAAACAGACAACGUCAUGGAUUAGAAGAUUAUGAGGUCGAAGCAUUGACAUCAUUGAAACAGAACCUUAAAGCCAAAUGGGAUGUCAUCACAAUGCAAGCUGAAGAACAAAUAAAAUUAUCUAAAGAUCGAAAGAAGGGCGAUAAGAUUGUAAGCGAUUCCCAAGAGCGAGCAUUUUGGCGUGUUCAUCGACCACCUCCUGGACAAUUUACGCCACUUGAACCAUGUCCAGUUCCAUCACGCGAUCGACAAGGAAGGCCAAGAAGACGAACAGAAGAAGACUGGAAACGAGAAAUCGAAAUAACAAAAGCAUCAAUAGGAAGAAAUCGGAUGAAAAUGUCGACAGCAUGUGAGAGUCUCGUAAAUUAUUACGAGACUUUUCUCGAAUACGACCCAUUAAUGAUGUCAGCACAACCAUCUAAUCCAUGGGUAACAGAAGACAUCACUUUCUGGCAGUUGAAUCAACCAGUUGUUGAGAAUCCAACUGAGAAACGUGUUAGGCGAUGGGCUUUCUCAAUAGAAGAACUUGUCAGAGAUCCCACGGGAUUACAAGAGUUCACAUCUUAUCUUCGCAAAGAAUAUUCACAUGAAAACAUUCGUUUUUGGAUGGCUGUCAAUGAUUUAAGACGCUCAGCACAGUCACAAAUCCCUCGAAAGGCCAAGGAGAUUUAUGAAGAAUUCUUAGAACCGGGUGCGCCAUGUGAGAUUAACAUUGAUGGAAAGACUAUGGAGAAAGUGCAGCAAGGUCUGAAAUCACCAACACGAUUCACUUUUGAUGUUGCUGCUGAACACGUUUACACGUUGUUAUUAAAGAAAGAUUGCUAUCCACGUUUCAUUCGUUCUGAACAUUACAAAGCGCUCAUCGCUCAUGCUGUUCAACCAUCUCAUAAGAAGCGAUUCUUUGGAUUUGGUGGACCAGCAAAGAAGAAACCUUCAACAACUGUAGCAGCAAAUCCCGUUCUAUUGACACAAAUGCCUGGAACAUCCGCCGGAGGUUCAUCACUUACUGGACUUCCACGACGUCGUGGAAGUGACCGAAGCUUGACUGGCUCAGCUCAUGAGUUGGCAGUCUGUGGAGUUAAUAAAGAUCCAACAAAAGUCGUUCACUCUCAUAGUCAGAGUAACUUAAGCGAGUUACCGUACAGGGAGCCAUCCAGGCAACUCGAAACGACACAAGAAUCAUCAGGAACGGCUUGUAGCGUAUGUCCGUGGGAUACAAUUGAAAAUGACCCACCUACGCCACAGCCACCACCUUCACCGUCUGCCUCCACAUCAAAACCUAAAUUAACAAUUGAUUUACCAACAAUACCAUUCACGCCACCAUCAGAUAUCGUUAAUACUGACGUUUCUGAACGCAUGAAACGUUCGUGUGGAUUACGACAAAAUACAUUAGAUUGUGACUUUCAUAGCACGAAACGUCUGGUACCGGCGAUAAACGAACAGCGACGAGCUUCGAUGACCAUUACUCCCAGAGUUUCUGAUCUCCAAUUUAAUGUCAACCCACCGACAGUUACAACGUCAGGCCCUGAAGAUGAUGAUACGUCAGAGCUUUCACUUGUGAUAGACAAAGCCGACAGCAUUGAAGAGAAAGAAGACGAAUCUGAGAAAGAUUUGAAAGAAAAGGGACUUGAGAAUUUGAGAAGGAAAAAAACAUUUUCUUGUGAUGAUAUUGUGAUUGAAGAAGAAUGCCAGAGAUCAGAUGAAGCGUCAAGUGAACGUAAAUUAUCGGUUGUUGCCAUGGGAAGUAAAAAGUCACUUGAAAUUGAGGAAUUACCAUCAAGGCCAAUUGAAGCUUCAUUAGCGUUACCCACAUCGAUAAGUACACAAACAGUGCCCACAGAAGAAUUUCCUGAGAAUUUGGUUGUGACCAAUGCGAACAUUAAAGGAGAAGAUGCCAGAGAAGGCACUCAAUUGAAUGUCGUCGAAACACAACAAGAAAUUGACAUAAAAAGAAAUGAAACGAGGAAAUUUUGUUCACGUUCGAGUCAUGAAAAUGAUGAUGGGAGUUCGACGGGUGAUAAAUUAGCUGAAAUUUCGAAAAGGUCAAGCAUGUCAAAAACGUGCGACGAUCAACAACAGAAACAAAUGCUUUUAGCUCAUCAACAUUCGAUAUCACAAGAAGAAGACUAUGAAGUUGCGAUGGUAUCGGAACUUCUCCCAGGUUGUGUCGCACCAGCGCCUACCCCAGCGCCUUCGAUAGCUCCUUUAGCGGAAAUUGAAGUUGAUCCAACCGAGGACGAUGUAGAAAAUGCAGCAAUAGAUCAAGUAGCCGAUCCAAAGCCUGAUAUCGAACGUAAAAAGAAACGAAAAGAGAGACGAGAUAAGGAUGGAAGUGAUGGUCAAAGUCAGAAUCAGACAACAGUAUCAGAAGGCACAAGCUCAAAUGAUCCUGAAAAAUCAAAGCAUAACGCUGUUUGUCCAUGGGAAGAUGAAGACGUCACAACCGCUGUUGAAGCGCCAUUUGUUAAAACAUACGCUACACUUGGAUAUCUUUAAGAAUAAUUAUAAAAAAGGAAUGAAUAUCUGUUUAAUUGAAAUUUUCUUCCUUCCAUUACCAUUCACUGUCUCUCUCUAUCUCCCUUUCUAUAUCUCUAUCUCGUUCUUAAUCCAUGAUAUCUAAUGAUUAACAUUUCCCUAAAAUAAUAUGAAAGAACAACAUGAAUUAAAACUAGAUGAACAUGUUAUAAAUUGUAAGCGUUCAUAACUAAAGUUUAAAACAAAAAUGUAUAUCUAACAAUGAUAUUUUUCCCUUGAUUUUAUAUAAAAGUAAAUUAAAGUUUUAUCUUUAUGCGAUCAAGAAGAUUAUCUAAACGAGAUGCGCAUGAGGGUUUGCCAUUGAAAUAAAUAUAAAAAAUAGAAUUGCGACUUUACCGUACAUAGAACCGAAGAUAAAAAUUGAACUAAAAGAAUGUUUUAUAAAUAAAACCGUAAGCAAAGGACAUAAAUAUUUAUUCGAGAAUAAGCAAUUGCUUUGAAGGUAAAGUCGAAAACUGCAGAAAUUCGAGUGUGUUUGAACAAAUGAAUGAAUGCAGAAAGCGAAUGAGCAUGAACUAUAAGUUGUAAAUCCACAAAGUUUGUUUCAAUCUAAAGCAAAAAAAUUUAAGCUCUGAUUACAUUUUUGUUCUGUCGUAAUGAAGAAUAGCAUGCAGAUUUUAUGGGCAUUUUCGUGCGAAGGACAAUAUCAUGACGUGAACAUUCUCCAGGGCGUGAACUGAAUUUAAUUUACCUCGACAUGGAUAACAAAAAAGAAAGAAGAUGAAAAAAAUCCGUGGAAAUAUUUUGAGAUUGAAUUUGAAUAAAUUUAAAUGAAUUACAAAAUAUAAAAAUUAUGAAAACUAAACGUUAAUUGAAACGAGAGCCCCAUUGAAGAUAAAAUUCAUUCACCAUCAUGAAUAUAUUGAAAUCUUAAAGCUAUUAAGUAGUAUUUUUAUGAUAAAUAAUCAAAAAAUAUUUCAACAUGAUGACAUCAUCAUUUUUAAAUCUUUGAGAUAAAAAAUGAUUUCGUCACUGGAUAUUUCCUUCCUUGUGCUAUGUCGAGCGAUUAAAUCAUUGCACUGUUCACUGAGAACUUGAUUGAUUGUGAAAUCAGUGAGGAAAGAAAAAGUGGAAAAAGUUUUUCACUCACAACUAUUUCAUGGUAAUUUUCUGGCAAAUAUUUAACAUGAAAAUCAGAAUGAAAAGUUUUUUCCUACUUGCUAUGACGUAUUAAAGAUAUUUUUGUUGAAUCGCAUAAGUUAUGCUUUUAUAUGUACGACGAAAAAAAGUGAAGAAGAAAGAGAAAAGCAAACAAGUUUCAAUGCUUGUGUGGGAGGAUUUCCGUUCAUGUUAAACUGCCCUUGGAAGUAUCUAUGCUGCAAAAUAUUAAAGUUGAACAUUCAUUUGUGAAGGAAGUUAAACAGAAAGUAUUCAUUUAAUUAAUUAUUAAUUAAGGGUACUUGAUAGUAUAUAACGUACAUAAAUAUAAUAAUCGUAAAAAGUUUAUAAUAAUCGCAUUAUAAUAACGUAGAAGAAAGUAAUAAAAUCUCUUAAAAUAUUUACGUAGCGAUGAUUGAGAAAAGAUGGAUAUAAAUGAUGGUAGAUAAGCUAUAAUUAACUACAAUGUAUGUGUUGUUAAUGGAAAACUUAAGGAAGAUAGUAAGAAUAACAUUUUAAUCAGAGACUAAAAUAAACAACUCUGACUUUAAUUAACAUCAUUGACAAAUAUUUGCGCAUAACCGUUGCAUUUUAUCGUUCUGCAAAAUAUUCCAAAAUCCAACGUAGUAUUUGACAUGUUGAUGUAUCAUAAAAAUGAUUCAAAAUCUGAACAAUCUCAACUUUCAAGUCAAGAUUACGUAAGAAAAGCGUUUCUAAGGAGACAUCCUUUAAUGUUGACAUUAAUGUUAGAUGACAUAAAACUGCUGGCUUAAUUGAAGGCAGUUGAAUGGAUGAACUUUCUGACUUGUAAAGUUCGUAAAAUUAAUUAAUUAAAUAUAUGUAUGACAAUGACGCGAGUGUAUGUGAGAUUUUUUACUGCAAAGAUUAACCCAAAAGCUGUCAACACUAUUAAGGAUAAUGAUACUACUUUUCAAUGUGUUUUUCCUAAUUGAUAAAUCAAAAAAAGGCACUUUAAAAAUUGCGAAAAGAUUGUGUAAUUUUAAUUCCUAGUUAUAUUUGAAAUUUACAUAGCAUCUGGUUGAAACGAGGAACAGUUUUUUCUAAAAAUCAAGAAACAAGGAAAUUCGAAAAAGAAAAACUUUUUUCUUCGAUUUAUAAUUGAAAUGAAUUUUUUCGGUUUUUCUUUGUUUUCUUUUCAUAUUCGAAGUAAAAUGUUGUUUUAAUUAUUUUCAUUCAUGUAAUGGAAAUUCUCGAGAUUAAAAUGGAAAAGUUUCAAUUACGCAACCUCCAUUCACUUCAAAGCGGAACAAUAUUGUAGCUUCCAUCACUUUUUAACAACAAUGAAUAAAGAACAUCACAUAAAGACAUCACGAAACAAUAUCAAAACAUAACAACAAAAAUAAUUCUCAUUAGUGAUGUGAAAUGCAAAUUUUCAGCUUCAUAGCGAUGUUGAAAAAGUUAUUUUAACUCUGACAAAUUUCUGUAUAAUUUUAAGUUGCUAGUGACAUGAAUAAGUUCAUCAAACUUUUCUUCCCUCUAAUCAUUUCAAAGUUAAUUAAAGUUUCUCUCAAAUUGAUGACAUUUUCCCUUUCUUACAUACAUUUGUAAAGUUUUCUUUAAUUUCAUGUUGAACUGGACCAGAAGUAAUCUUACAUAUAAAGUUGUUAAAUAAGCUUUGCUAUAUGCGCAUACAUAUGAUUAUGAUUGAACAUACAUUGUGUUUCACUUCCUCCCGCUCUCCCAAUUUCAAAAAUUUAAUCAACACAUCAGAUACGAAAAUGGUCGUCGUCAGCAUAAAUAUUUUCUUUGUCCAUUAAAUGUGUUAUUGAUGCAGCAAAUUGAAAGAGAUGAUUAAAGAGAAAUUCUUUUGAAAUAAUGUUGUAAUGAAGAAGUCAAAACUUGCUUGUAUAUUCGUGUUUAGAACGUUUUAAUAUUAUUAUAACUUAUCUAAGUAUGAAUAAGAAAAUAAAUGAUUAACCCAAUUUAUUCUAUCGACAUAAGAGAUAAUGUGCUUUUGGUGAAAUAUUUCUAGCAUUAAGUGAAUUAAAAUGACAAACUUUUUGUUUAACUUCUCCCAAAGCAUCUGAAUGAUAAAACGUGGUAAAAGAAGCCUCAAAAUAUUAAAACUUUGGAUAAUUUUUGCAAGCAUAACAAACUCAAGCACUGCCCUUAGAUGAUAUCGUAGGCAUAAGCAAAAAAGUAAAAAUAAAGAACGGAAGCACUUGAGAGCUUUACGAUUUGUAACAAGUCUAGGAAAAAUGUUUUCUAGCAUAAAUCUUUCUUCUUUAGAUUUGUGGUUCGCUUUUUUAUGGAUGAACAUUUUUUGUAGGCUGAGCUGUGGUGAAAUUGGAUGAAAUGAGAAGCUUCGAAAAACAUGUGGAAAUAAAUAAAAGAAAUUUACUUUCCUGAUUUUCUUUUCUACGUUUCACGAUGAAAAUACCCAAAAAGUGUAAAACAAGAUAAUUACAACAAUAAAAAAAAUUCGAAUCUUAUGCUUCAUGAGAUUAACAAAGAUUAUAAAUAUUUCAUUUAAGAAUUAAUAACAAGAAAAAAUAAGAAAAUAAUGUGGGAAAAUAAUAAAAGAUAAUCCGAAAAUUGGUGUGAAAGGUAAAACGCAAAAAUUAUGUUUAUUAAACAGGAUUUGAUGCAGAAAAAAUUCUUGAAAAGUUCAACGUUUCUUUAAAUUAAUCUCUGCUUACUUUAUUUCAAUAAUGAAACUUCCUUUGUAGAAAUUUGAAAAGCACGUUAAAGAGAGGUAAAGAGAAAUGUUAAUGAUGCUAGAUUAAGGAAGUGCAGCAUCCUGUUCAACGUUAUGAAACAUUUCUGAGUGAGUUUCGAUUCGAUUAUAUUUUCAAAGUAAAUUUGCGUCUCAUAAAACGAAGAGAGAAGAAAUUUUCAAUCUUUCAAAGGUAGAAGAAAGUGGCAAAUGGAAAUUGCUCAAAGAUCUUGCUUAAAUUUCUUUCAUAAGCAAGAUGAUGUUUUAUUCAGUGAAGAAACUCCCCAUAGAAGUAAAUAAUGUAACUUUAAAGACCUCGAAAUAGAUUUAUUGGCCUAAAGCCAGCAAAACGAAGCUGAACUCAUAUGUAAAACAUUUAAACAAAGUCAAACUCAAUUACACAAAUAUUCAAUUAUUUUCCUGUCUCUUCUGUGACAACAAUUAGAUACAACAAAGGGUAAACACAUCAAUCGAUUAUGCUUUUAGUGCUUGAAGCUUAAACUUAAAAGAAUAUCACGCAAUGAGCUUGAAAUAAAAUUUCAAAACUUAAUUCGGUUGUCCAAAAUUUCUUUAUCAUUUGAGGUCAUUUUUAUAUAUUUUUUCUGAUUGAAAUUCUAUCAGUAGAAAAGGGGAAGAAAAUGAAUUAAAAAUGAUUAUAGACACACAUAAAAAAUUAAAAUCUUGCACACUCGUUAGAACUUCUUAAAGAUAAAACUCUUAGUACCACCCGAUUAUGAAAAUUAAAUAUAUCAGACAAAUGAUGGAAAAAAGAAGCAUUGCUGAUGAAGUUACUUAAACUUUGAAUGAAAGCUAGCGUAGAUCGUAAAAACUAAAAGUUCUGUUAGAAAUUCAUGUAAAUAUGAGAAGUAAAAGAUCAAACAAUAAUGUUUAAAAGAAAACCUAAACAAAAAAUUGAAUAUUUAACUAUUUCAAAAUGUUAUUUGCAUAUGAGAAAAAAAGAAAAAUUUAGAAAAAAUUAAAAAUUUUACAGUUAAAUGACUUGAGCUAAAUAUUUAUUAAAGAAAAAUCUGAUGUUGUUUAAGAUGAAAAAAAGAAAGAAAAAAAAUUGAAAUUUACAGAAAUUUAACUUCAGAUGUUUUAAAUCUCAAAUUAUAAACGAACAUUGGAAAAUUUUAAUCAAAAUUUAAACAUUGCGUACAAUCUUCUCAGAAAAUUGCUUGCUACAACAUUUUCCUCUUUCCAGCAUGUCAUUGAUAUCUAACAUAAAUAUUUUUCAAUCAAUUAAGUUUUUAAAGAAUUUUCCAAUCAUCAGAAAGAAAAAAGGAGAAGAAAUUAAUAUUCUUAUGUUGUAAACAUUUUCAAGUUUCAUCACCACUUGGAAAACACUUUAAUGAAAUCAAUUUUAUUAUUGAUGACAUUAGCGAGCGAUGAUUGUAGACAUUAUCUUAAAUAAUAAAAGCUCAUUAUAAUGAAGUAUUUAUAUGAUGAAAAAGAAUGUAUGAAAAGGAAGAAAAAAAUAAAUAAUUCAUGUCAAACCAGAAAAUGUAGAAGAUCGAAUAAAAGUACAAUAAAAUGUU